AGCAACUGUUGGCUCAUGCGCCAGCUCUACCGCCUUUGGCCCACCGUGUGCGUGGCGCUCGCCCCUGGCCUUGCCAGCGCCUCGGUCAGCACGUCCUGCGCCGCGAGUGCCAUGGACGUGGUCGUGGUGGGCGGUGGUCUCGCAGGGCUGUGUGCCACGAUCGAGGCCGCAAAGCGCGGAGCGAAAGUGACGAUUAUUGACAAGGAGGCGAACCUGGGAGGCAACUCCGCGAAGGCCUCCAGUGGGAUGAACGGCGCCAACACCCAGGCCCAGCGAGACCAGGGCAUCACUGACUCCGUGGAGAAGUUCAUCGAGGACACCUUGUCCUCGGGCGAUGGCCUGGCAGUCGUUGAGCUGGUCCACACGCUGGCGGAGCAGAGUCGCGAGACCCACGAGUGGCUGAAGUCCCUGGGCCUGCACUUGAGCGACGUGGUCCAGUUAGGCGGCCAUAGCACGGCACGCACCCACCGUUUUCCCCCCACGCCGGAGGGGAAGCCACAGCCGGUGGGCUGGACUCUAGUGAGUGGCUUGAGGAAGAUCUUGGAGACUGAAUUGAAGGAUCAGGUGACCAUCCGAACGAAGUCCAGCUUCAAGGAGCUCCUGAUCGAGGAUGGACGUGUGAUGGGCUUGAAUUUCGAGCACGAGAACGGCACCGAACAGCUCCGCGGCACCGUGGUGCUCACAGCAGGAGGCUAUGCCAAUGACCAUGCAGAUUCUUCGCUCUUGGACUUGCACACGCCAGCCCUUGCCAAGCUACCCACGACCAACGGGCCUUUCGCUACCGGGGAUGUGAUCAAGGCACUGGUGAAGCAGGAGGCUGGGGUGAAAACAACGCUCAUGGACAAGGUCCAGAUCCACCCCACAGGCUUCAUUGAGGUGAAGCAGCCCAACUUCCACACCAAGUUCUUGGCGCCGGAAGCUCUCAGAGGAUCUGGCGGCAUUUUGCUGUGCCAUGGUAAACGCUUUGCGAAUGAGCUGGGGAGGCGGGACUACCUCACGGAGGAGAUGUUCAAGCAUUGCAAACCCCUCUUCGACAAGGAGGAGAACCCCUUGAGUGCAGCGAUGCUCUUGACCGAAGAGGCCGUGGAGAAGUAUGGAAGUGGUGCCAUGGGCUUCUACAAAUUUAAAGGCUUGGUACAGGACGUGGGCACCGUCGAGGCUGCGGCGGAAGCCAUGGGAACGUCGGCAGAAGUGCUGAAGAAGACCCUGGAGGACUACAACGAGGCGGCGGAGAGAGGACAGGACAAGUUCGGAAAGAAGGUCUUCCCCGUUCGCUUUCCCAGUACAGCUCACCUCUAUGUGGCUUUCGUGACACCCACGUGGCCUGGCUGUCGUCGCUGUUGUUCUUCUGCGUGUGUUUCCGAUAUAGUAUGUGUUUUGAAACAGAUUGUUUGGCGAAUGCUCAUGAGCUAAUCUUUCUGUAUCGGGGUUUGUGUCGUUCUUUGUUUGUGUGUGUGUGUCUUUUUUGAAUUGGAUGGCCACUAUGUCACUAUGAGAUUUGCCUUUUGCCCAUGGUUCUGAUGGACCAGCUUGGCAUUGAAUAUCAUGGAAUGUGUCCAAUUGCAAUGGGGGAGAGGUGAAUCAAACACAAUCAAACUGGAAUUCUGUUCACCCCGAUGUGGUUUCACCGGCCCUUCACUCGAGGCUGCACUACUGCAUGGGUGGCCUAGCCAUCAACGUUCGCACCGAGGUGCUUCAAUGUUCAAAAGGGAACAGUGGGGGGCAUCCCAAGAAACCGUGGAAGGUCCGCUUUGGUUACCCAGACGCGGACUGGCAUAGGACUGCCGAGCAGGCCAGGGGUGGUGCCAGGGGUCAAUGGGGCGGCAUGUAUGGCAUACUACAUGGAGCGUCUGGGGUAUGAUGUGAUUCGGAAAGGGGCCUCAGGGCAGCCUCUAGUCACCAGAAUAGGCCUUUCCAAGGCCCUUGGCUGGCCCAUCCCUUGGAGUCCGUUCUGGGCUUCCAAAAGCGACCGAUGGACCGAUGUCCAAGGUUCGCCAGCCCCCCUCCACAUGUAGUUCACCCAGCGGUUUAGAGGACCGACUCGGCUUUUUGGGGUCACGAAACGGAGCCUCAUAAUGUUUGGGCUGAUGGCAAAGCUGUGCUGCUCGCAUACUGAAGCAUUUGAGCUACCCUAUCAUCAUUUCGUC